AUGGAAAAGGAAAAAUCAGACAUUUCUAGACUUUCUUCAUCUUUCCACUCUUCUUCCCUUGAGCUCCAUAGCAAGAUGUCUGAUCGUGAGAGUUCCCGAAGUGAUAGGAGAAGUGAUAGACCAGAAGGUAGUAGCAAUUCACCUGCCCUGGUCAGGCAUGGUGAAGAACGAACACCUCCAGUAGUAUCAGUGGUUAAUCGAGCUAAAGCUUUAGAGAGAGCUCAGAACGAGAGGUUUAAAGAGCAGAAAGUUCAGAAGUCUAAGAGAGUUGGUACUUCAUUGAGUUCAUCGCCAUCAAAGAAAAGUAGAGAUUUAAAUUCUCUAACUCAGGAUAUGUUUGAAUCAGCUGCAUCUUUUGCUAAAAGAUCAAAUAUAAGUCAAUCAAGAUAUCGAGCACAAGAAAGUUGCGGAAUGACCAAAAAGUUAGAAUCAAUCAAGAAAGGGAAAUCAAGUCAUAGAAGUAAUCGAUAUCAAGUGAGGCUAAGGAACACCAAGUUGGUAAACGACUUCUUCCAAAGUAAUCGUCGCUUCACCACUGGGAAAUGGAACUUGAGAAAAUUACUCGGCCGAAAUUGUCACCUUGAGGUGAAGUUCCAUUUUUCUUUCUUUUGGGUGGGAAUUAUAUCUAACAAAACUACAUCUUCUUCUUUUUAUUUUAUACAGCAUCGUCCCUCAAGUGCCUUCAAUUCCCCAUUCUGGACCACCAAUUCUGGGGCUCCGGUUUGGAACAACAACACAUCACUCACCGUCGGAGCAAGAGGUCCGAUUCUCCUGGAAGACUAUCAUUUGGUGGAAAAGCUUGCUAAUUUUGAUAGGGAACUCAUUCCGGAACGUGUUGUCCAUGCAAGAGGAGCUAGUGCAAAAGGGUUCUUCGAGGUCACUCACGACAUAUCGCACCUCACAUGUGCUGACUUCCUUCUUGCACCUGGGGUCCAGACUCCACUGAUUGUCCGAUUUUCCACUGUUAUCCAUGAACUUGGUAGUCCUGAAACUCUGAGAGACCCUCGAGGUUUUGCUGUGAAAUUCUACACUCGGGAGGGUAACUUUGACAUGGUGGGAAACAAUUUCCCAGUUUUUUUCAUCCGUGAUGGAAUGAAGUUCCCUGACAUGGUCCACGCCCUCAAACCAAACCCCAAGUCCCACAUUCAAGAAAACUGGAGGAUCCAGGACUUCUUCUCCCACCAUCCCGAAAGCCUGCACAUGUUCACCUUCCUAUUCGACGACAUAGGCAUUCCCCAGGACUACAGGCACAUGGAUGGCUCUGGUGUUCAUACCUACACACUCAUCAACAAGGCUGGGAAGUCACACUACGUGAAAUUCCACUGGAAACCAAAUUGUGGUGUCAAAAACCUGCUGGGGGAUGAGGCCGUGAGAGUUGGUGGAGCUAAUCACAGUCAUGUCACACAAGGUCUCUAUGACUCCAUUGCAGCUGGAAGCUAUCCCGAGUGGAAGCUUUUCAUUCAGAUAAUGGAUCCUGCUGAUGAGGAUAGGUCCGAUUUUGAUCCAUUUGAUGUGACCAAGACCUGGCCGGAGGAUAUCUUCCCCUUGCAGCCGGUGGGUCGAAUGGUUUUGAACAAAAACAUUGAUAACUUCUUUGCUGAGAAUGAGCAGUUAGCCUUCUGUCCUUCUAUCUUUGUCCCUGGGAUUUAUUACUCGGAUGAUCAGUUGCUCCAAACUAGAAUCUUCUCCUACUCCGACACUCAGAGGCACCGCCUUGGACCUAUCUGCAGCGCACCACCUUGGACCUAUCUGCAGCUUCCGGCCAAUGCUCCCAAAUGUGUUCAUCACAAUAAUCACCAUGAAGGUUUUAUGAAUUUCAUGCACAGAGAUGAGGAGGUGAACUACUUCCCUUCGAGAUACGAUCCAGUGCGCCAUGCUGAGACGUACCCUAUUCCUACUGCCGUUUGCAGCUGCAAGAGGGAGAAGUGCAUGAUUGAGGAGAACAACUUUAAGCAGCCUAGGGAAAGAUACCGAUCCUUUACACCUGACAGGCAAGAACGUUUUGUUCAACGCUGGAUUGAUGCAUUGUCUGAUCCAAGGGUUAUACACGAGAUUAGCAAUAUUUGGAUCGCAUACUGGUCACUGGCUGACAAAUCUUUGGGUCAGAAACUGGCUUCUCGCCUCAGUGUGAGACAAAGUUAUUGCUGAUUGGAGUUGAUCAGGGAGCAUUUGCAGGAAGUAAACAACUAGUUAAACACUGGAUUAUAUGUGC